UUUCAAUGGCAAAUUAGCGAAACAUAGGGCAUGUGGAUCUAACCUCCUCAACACAAUAUCGUUCUUCGUCUUCAUCAUCACAAUCAUUUCAUCUUUCGCCGCAUGCGCCUAGGUUAACUUAAUAACGAUCAUUCCCCUAAAUUUCUAUCUAUAUCAUUGGUUUCCAUCUCUUCAGUUUCUAUGCUAAUGCAUAAAAUCUCGUUUUAUAAAUUUCUUAUGUUUUUGUGGGAAAUCUUGAAUUUGUGAAGGGUGUGAUUCGUAUGGUCGAAUCCUUCAUUAAUCGUUAGAAGAUGCUCGUCGAAAACUUACUACGCCUCAUGCGCGCGUUAUUCUAUCAGCGUUUCUUUGCUGCACAGUUUUCGCUAUGUCAAGAUGUGGCAGAUUGUUCGGGAAAGCAUCAUCGUCUCUCCGGACUUGUCAAUCUGGCAUGAAUGCACAUGGGUCAGCCUAUGGAGCACCUCUCCGACUCAAGAUAUGUUCUUCUCGAUACACAUUGUACUUCCAUUACUUGUUUCGCAGCAGAAGACGUACUUGGGGUGCAACUUGUGAAAAUGGAAAAGGUUUCUGUAAUAGUUACUCAAGGAGGUAUUCAACAAGUCCAGCUCGCAAUACCGUAGCUUAUCAUACCCGGAUUGUUUGGAAGAACAUGGCAAAAAAGUCCAUACAAAAUGCCCAAACUCAUCUCUCCAUAGAGAAGAUUGCUCAGGCUGUUAGCUUAGGCUUUAGCUAUUCUUACAUGGUUGUUCCGAGUAUAUUUGCUCUCGUGUGUGGGACCCAUUUAGCAUGGGCAGAGGAAGCUGCACCGACCACAAAUACCGUCUACGAUCCCAGGAAUACUUUAUACAUGCAUGCUCGAGACACCCACAGUUGUGUAACUGGAUUAAUAUUCUCCAUAUUUGAAGGGAUUUUCAUGCUGAUUAGAACUUUUUAUUUGGCUGUUCUGUUUACUCCAAGCAUCAGCAUGGCACCGUUUGCAGAUAGUUUGGGGCCCCAUUUCAGGAGAUUAUGGCUUCAGGUUGUCCAUCUAACUCUAGAAAGAGCUGGUCCAGCGUUUAUUAAAUGGGGCCAGUGGGCAGCCACACGACCUGAUCUAUUUCCUAAAGACCUGUGCACAGAGCUGUCAAAGCUUCACAUGAAAGCACCCCAACACAAUUUUGCCUAUACAAGAAAGACAAUUGAAAGAGCUUUUGGUCGUAAGAUCUCUGAAAUUUUUGAUGAUUUUGAGGAAGAACCAGUUGCAUCGGGGAGUAUCGCUCAAGUCCAUCGAGCUUCAUUGAGAUCCCGAUACCCUGGUCAUCAGAUCGAUCCGAUUCUAGUUGCUGUUAAGGUGAGGCAUCCGGGAGUUGGGGAAUCCAUAAAAAGGGAUUUUGCGAUCAUUAAUGUUGUAGCAAAGAUUUCAGGAUUUAUUCCUGGCCUUAAUUGGUUGAGAUUAGAUGAAAGUGUCCAACAGUUUGCAGUGUUCAUGAUGUCACAAGUUGAUCUUGCUCGAGAAGCUGCCCACUUGAGCCGCUUCAUAUACAAUUUUCGAAUGUGGAAGGAUGUUUCCUUCCCCAAACCUAUAUAUCCUCUGGUACAUCCAGCUGUUCUGGUAGAAAGUUUUGAACACGGAGAAAGUGUUUCACACUAUGUUGACGAAUACCAGGGAAAUGAACGAAUUAAAAGAUCUCUUGCCCACAUUGGAACCCAUGCACUACUGAAAAUGCUCCUGGUUGAUAACUUUGUUCAUGCUGACAUGCAUCCUGGAAACAUCCUUGUUCGUGUUGCUCGGAGCAACUCGUCUCGCAAAAAGCUCUUUAAAGCGAAGCCUCAUGUUAUUUUCCUUGAUGUGGGCAUGACUGCUGAGCUUUCUAAAAAUGACCAGAUUAAUUUACUGGAUUUCUUUAAAGCUGUUGCUUGUAGAGAUGGCCGAACUGCAGCAGAGUGCACACUGAGACUAUCAAGGAAACAGAAAUGCCCAAAUCCAGAGGCCUUCAUCCAGGAAGUGAAAGAGUCAUUUGAUUUUUGGGGUACCCCUGAAGGAGAUUUGGUCCAUCCUGCUGAUUGUAUGCACCAACUACUUGAGAAAGUUCGGCGGCAUAGAGUUAAUAUUGAUGGAAAUGUUUGCACAGUGAUGGUGACUAUUUUAGUCCUUGAGGGUUGGCAACGGAAGCUUGAUCCAGGUUAUGAUGUGAUGCAUACACUUCAAACACUCCUCCUGAAAUCAGAUUGGGCACAAUCACUUUCUUAUACAAUAGAAGGACUAAUGGCCCCAUGAGAUUCCACAGUAUAUGGCUCUUCAUUUUGUACAUUAAUUUCUCUGCUCAUUUAUGUGAUUUUUUGACAUCUUCUGGUGGCUCCCGUGUGUGCCCAGUCACAAUUUUGUUACAUUUUUAACCACCUCUAUUACUCACUAAACUGACCUGCAAAAACCCCUACUCAAGGAGGCUUACCUCACAGAAUACUUUGUUUGAGAUUAUUAUCAAGACCUGGACCUGCUCAUCGCUCUUCGGAUUAUUGGUCAGCUUAUAUUGGAGCGCCAACAGAUUCAGAGUCAGACCAGCUUUGUUACUUUCCAAAUUUUAGAUGGAAAAAUUUUGAUUAGGUGGAAGAAUUAUGAGAAACUACACUAAGUUUUUAUUUAUUUAUUUAUUUGUUUAUUUCAUUGGAUGUUAGAUCAGUGGAGACUGAACUCCGGACGUUACCUGUUCCGAUGGAAUGGGACAGUAAACUAAGUUAGAGUGCAUAUGUACAUCAAGCUAUUAUUAAUGCAAUUUGGAUAUUAUAGUAUACCCAAGC